AUUGCACCGACUUCAAGCGUCCGGGGCUUCUCAUAAGUGUUGGCUGUUGCAGCAUUCUGAGGCUCGAUUCCCCUAAUUUGGCAACUGGUCAUUCCUUUCAACCAAUUUCAUACCUCAAGCACAUACAGUCAUGGCGUCACUACAGAACAGCAAGUUGGCCUUUAUUGGAGGGGGCAACAUGGCCUCUGCCAUCAUUGGGGGACUAGCCAGCCAGGGUAUCAACAAGCAGAACAUCAUUGUAUCUGAGCCGUGGGAUGUCAACAGAGACAAGAUUGCCGCCACCGGCGUGCGAACCACAACGUCCAACGUCGAGGCUGGCCAGGAUGCCGAUCUCAUCAUCAUUGCCGUAAAGCCUCAGAUUGCCAAGACGGUCUGCCAGGAGCUUGGCGGAUCGUGGUCUCACCGCACCACUCUGCCAAUUGUCGUCAGCAUUGCUGCUGGCAUCACCCUGGACAGCCUGAGAGAGUGGCUGAAGACCAGCGAGGGCAAGACUGCGCCAGUUGUUCGUGUGAUGCCAAACACGCCUGCUCUGGUUGGAGAGGGUGCAUCUGGGGCCUAUGCAAGCGAGGACGUCAAGGAGAACGAGAAGCAGCUUGUCGAUGCACUGCUAGGUAGUGUAAGCAAGGCCACUGAGUGGGUAGAGAAGGAGGAGCUGCUCGACGUUGUCACCGGAUUAUCUGGUUCUGGACCCGCAUAUUUCUUCGCCAUGGUCGAACACCUCAUCGCUAGUGCAACUGCUCUGGGACUUCCAAAGGAGCAGGCUACUCGACUGGCCAAGCAGACAUGCCUGGGAGCCGGUCAAAUGCUUGUUUCAUCUUCAGAAGAGCCAGCCCAGCUACGCAAGAAUGUCACAAGCCCCAAUGGAACGACUUAUGCUGCUUUACAGAGUUUUGAGUCAUCGGGCUUUGCCGAGAUUGUUAACAAGGCUGUCAAGGCCGCCACAGAUCGAUCUGCCGAAUUGGGAAAGUCAUAGAUGGAAAAGAUAAGAGAUAAUAAAAGCUAUCUUGACUUCAUUUCUCAGGGUAUUGAGUGAGAACUCUUAGGAAUCAAACAAAAACGAAGCAACCUCAUUAAUAAACGCUGAGGAUCAAAUCAAACCAGUAAAUAUCAGUGACUCCCCUUCUCAGCCUUAUCCUCAUGGCUCGAGGUCUGGGUAGAAAUACGGCGACCAACAACAUCCUCGUAAUCUGCCACAACUAAAUCUAAAACGUUUUGCCAAACAAAAACCAGUAUCCCGCAAC